AUGGCCACGUCCACCCGGUCAGUCUGCGCCAGCGACCUGAGCUAUGGCAGCCGCGCCUGCCUGCCCGGUUCUAGUGACUCUUGCACCAGGUCCUCCUGGCAGGUGGACGACUGUCCAGAGAGCUGCUGUGAGCCCUCCUGCUGCACCCCCAGCUGCUGCCAGCCCACCUGCUGUGCCCCCACCUGUGGCCCGUCCACCUGCUGUGCCCCUAGUUGCUGCCAGCCAACCUGCUGUGCCCCUAGUUGCUGCCAGCCCUCCUGCUGUGUCCCCAGCUGCUGCCAGCCCACCUGCUGUGUCCCCACCUGUGGCCCGUCCACCUGCUGUGCCCCUAGUUGCUGCCAGCCCACCUGCUGUGUCCCCAGCUGCUGCCAGCCAACCUGCUGUGCCCCUAGUUGCUGCCAGCCCUCCUGCUGUGUCCCCAGCUGCUGCCAGCCCACCUGCUGUGUCCCCACCUGUGGCCCGUCCACCUGCUGUGCCCCUAGUUGCUGCCAGCCCACUUGCUGUGUCCCCAGCUGCUGCCAGCCCACCUGCUGUGCCCCUAGUUGCUGUGCUGUGGUCCCCACCCAGACUCUCAUCUGCACCCCAGUGAGCUGUGUGUCCAGCACCUGCUGCCAGGCCACCUGUGGGUCCAGCCCCUGCCAGUCAGCCUGCAGCAGCUCCUGCACAUCCUCGUGCUGCCAGCAGGCCUGCUGUGUGCCCGUGUGCUGCAGGCCCGUCUGUGGCACAUCCGUGUGCUGCAACCUGCCCACCCCCUGCCCCUCAUCCUGCUGCAGACCCUCCUCCUGCGUGUCCCUGCUCUGCCGCCCUGUGUGCUCCUGCCCCACCUGCUGUGUUCCUGUCUGGGCUCAGAAAUCCUGCUGCUGA